CUGUCCAGUGAACUCACCUGCUGCCCCGCGGUGCAAGAGCUUGUAACUUUGCAGAGAAAGAGAGCAGACAGUUGCUGGAAAUGGCAGCAACUCCUCGGAAAAUCAUUUUCACAGCGAAAGCCCCGGUGAGGCAGGGCAUUUAUAGCCAGGCCGUGGUGGUGGACAGAACCAUGUACGUCUCGGGUCAGAUCGGGAUGGACGUGGCCUCCGGUCAGCUGGUGGAUGGAGGAGUGCAGGCUCAGACCAAACAGGCUCUGGGCAACAUGGGGGAAAUCCUUAAAGCUGCAGGCUGCGACUACCGUAACGUUGUGAAGACCACAGUUCUGCUGAAGGACAUAAACGACUUCAACUCCGUCAACGACGUCUACAAGACAUUUUUCAGCACUAAUUUUCCUGCCAGAGCUGCCUACCAGGUUGCUGCCCUGCCCAGAGGUGCGCUGGUGGAAAUCGAGGCGAUCGCCGUCCUGGGCCCUCUCGCCGACUCCUGACUAGCCGACCGCGUCCCAAACAAGUUGUAGCGAAGCAACAAGGGGCCCCGUUAUUUCAGGUUUUCCCGAAGAGGCAGCGUUGUGUUUCUUAACCAAACAGCGGCUGGGACCCUCAAUGGCUGAGCAAGAUGAGAAAUCUUUAAAACGGGUCACUGGAAAGGAUGCUGAAGGCACCGAUCAAGAUUUUUCCAGUUUGGUUUGAGAUGAUCUGAAAGCAGAUUUGGUUUGUCUCUUUGCUUUGCUGCAAUUUUUACACAUGAAAUUAUUAACAGUAGCAACAAAUAAAGUAGUAAUUCCAACUCAA